CGAGGGCUGCGGGCAGAGGCGGUGCGGCUCCGCCCGUCCGCGGCGGUACCCUGCGCGGCCCGGCCCAGCCCGCAUGGGGCGGCCGCCUCGCACCGCGCUGUUGUGAGAGAGCGAGCGAGCGAGCGAGCGAGGCGGUCAGACGCGCCGCCGGCAUGUCCGCGCCCUGCUGCGCCGGCCAGUUGGCCUGCUGCUGUGGUACUGCUGCUUGUUCCUUGUGCUGCAAAUGCUGCCCCAAGAUAAAGCAGUCAACAAGCACCCGCUUCAUGUAUGCUCUUUACUUCAUCCUGGUGACUAUUAUCUGCUGUGUCAUGAUGUCGACGACAGUAGCUAAUGAAAUGAAAACACACUUUCCCUUCUAUGAACAGAUGUGCAAGGGCAUUCAGGCGGGUGAGAUGUGUGAGAAGUUGGUGGGAUACUCUGCGGUGUACAAAGUCUGUUUUGGAAUGGCCUGUUUCUUCUUUUUCUUCUGCUUGUUUACCAUCAAAAUUAACAACAGCAAAAGCUGCCGAGCGUAUGUUCAUAAUGGAUUCUGGUUUUUAAAGCUUCUGCUUCUGGCAGGAAUGUGCUCAGGAGCGUUCUUCAUUCCUGAUCAGGACACUUUCCUCAAUGCCUGGCGCUAUGUAGGAGCAGCAGGAGGUUUCCUUUUCAUUGCCAUUCAACUCAUCUUGCUUGUUGAGUUUGCACACAAAUGGAAUAAAAAUUGGACUGCAAGUGCAAAUCACAAGCAGAUGUGGAGUGGUUUGCUCGCCCUGGUCACACUCAUCUUGUACUCUGUUGCUGUGGCAGCCCUGGUCCUCAUGGCUCUUUUCUACACACGUUCAGAGGGCUGCUUGUCUAACAAGAUCCUGAUAGGUGUCAAUGGUGGCCUGUGCCUCUUUGUGUCACUGGUAGCCAUAUCACCUUGCGUCCAGAAUCGCCAGCCCCAUUCUGGUUUGCUGCAGUCAGGAGUAAUCAGCUGCUAUGUCAUGUACCUCACUUUCUCAGCACUAUCCAGCAAGCCCCCAGAAACCAUCCUGGAUGAAAACAAUCAGAACAUCACGAUUUGUGUGCCUGAAUUUAGCCAAGGACUACAUGGAGAUGAAAACCUGGUUACAGGCCUGGGUACGACCAUUCUCUUUGGCUGCAUUUUAUAUUCCUGUUUGACCUCAACAACACGUGCAAGUUCUGAGACAUUGAGAGGAAUAUAUGCUGCACCUGAAACUGAAGUGGCUCGUUGCUGCUUUUGCUGCGUGCUUGAUGGAGAUGCUGAUGCUGAGGAGCGUGUUGAAAAAAGGGGAGGCCAGACCGUGAUUUAUGAUGAAAAGAAAAGCACAGUGUACAGCUAUACCUUCUUCCACUUUGUUUUCUUCCUGGCUUCGCUCUACGUAAUGAUGACAGUAACUCAUUGGUUCCACUAUGAAAGUGCCCAGAUUGAGAAAUUCUUCACUGGAACCUGGUCCAUCUUCUGGAUUAAGAUGGUCUCCUGUUGGUUUUGUGUCUUUCUCUAUUUAUGGACUCUUGUUGCUCCGCUGUGUUGCCCAACCAGAGAGUUCUCAGUGUGAACACUCAAAAAAGCUGAGUGUUUUAUCUUUUUUUUUUUUUUUUUUUUUUUCCUGUUACAAAUAAAGUUCAGUGGUCACUUUGUAAUGAGGAAACACCCAUUGCCUCAUUAUCAUGAUAUGCCAGAUAGUAACAUUUUAGCUAGAUUAAAAUAAUUGAAAAGUUUUUUUUAACCAUUUUGAAACUGUAAGGAAGUGUUGCCCAAAGGGAUGAUUCUAUUCCAAAACUUUUUAAGACUGAUGUGCACAGUGCAAAGAACAUGGUUGUUUCAUGAAUAGAAAUAAGUGAAAUGCUUUUAGAAUAACUGACAAUCUUUCUCUGACCUUAUUGGCAAGAAAAUAAAAACAAAUAAUGGUGCAGAUAUCAAACAUUUACAGAAGAUACAUCUUCUAGCAGAACACAUUCCUUUUUAUACUGUAUUAUUAACCAUGUCUUUUGCAAUGAUGAUGUGAACGCUGUUUUGUACAGCCUAUAAUUCUUAUAAGUAGUACACAAAUCUCUUUUUCCAGAAACACACCUGAAUACUUCUGUAGAAAUAGAGAAUAUAUAAAAGUUUGACUGCCAAAACAUCUAAACAUUGUUUAAAUAUAUUAUAAAUUACUUUAUUACCUAGAUUGAGAAAGCAAUCUGCCAUUGAAAAUAGAGUAUUUAUCCUACUGUAACUUUAACAGGCACCUGAACAUUCUAUGCAAUUCAGAACUUAUCCAGUCAUUAACAGCGGGGAGUUCUACGCACAGAGAUUCUUCAGCUCUGAAUUUGAUUGAUUUUGCUUUGCCAGAUUAAGAUUAGUAACUGCAAGUUUUGUGUACUGUACAAGGAUUUAAGAUACGGUACAGUCUUUAUUCAAAAUGUCUUCUGCUGAGGAAAUAUUAAUUACAAGAGCACUGUUCAGUUACUGAUAGCUUUAAACGUGGAGUGCUCAGUUACUUUUCUACCCUGUUGUCUCAGUUUGUGUCCAAGGAUCUCCCAGGGUCUUCGGUUCUGUUUCCGUUACUUAUUUGAAAAUAGAGUGAUAGAAAAAGGACUAUAAUCAUCCUCCUUUUCUGCCUGUAUUGUUUGGAAGCAUUCUUCCUAACUGCUAUACCUUUAUACUUCUCUGUUGGCAUUAGUUUUGUUGUUGCAAUGGGAGAUAGCCAACGGAUCCGUUAAUGGGAAUGGAACUUCUUUUAUAGUGCUCCUGUUUCCAGUAGUGAGAUAAGGAGCCAGGAAAACAAAAGCAGAAAACACAGUGUGACAACAGCUGCCAUAGUACAAAUGACUGACUUGACAACAUAAAGCCCUACUAUAUACAUAUAUAUAUAUUAUAUAUAUGUGUGUAUAUAUACACGUAUAUGUAUCUUUUUUUUCUUCUAGCAAACGACUUGGCGGUUGGACAACAGCUCAAAUGCUUGAAGUUCUGAAUAAGGCUGAACCUACUUAAAUUAUCUACUUACCAGGGGGAAGAAUUUACAACUGCAAGUUACCCCCAAGGCUUUUUUUCCUCUUUUUCUGUGUGUAUGAGUACACAUACACGUAUAUACACACAAUGCGAUGUGUGCAAAGAACCAGUUUAGCUGGCGUAGGGUGCUUUGCAUUGUUUUGUUUUCUUUAUUUGAAAACAUGAUCGAGCCUUAAGUGCUCACCCAAUGCUUUCUACAAGACAAAAGCACAACACAGAGGCCAAUGAGGUGGCCAAAAUAUUGAUAUGCCUUAUUUGUUCUGCUGCCAUAACUGAUAGCUAAGGCACAUCUGGUGAGUGAUCCUAAUGUAAUACAUCUCAGUUCAGCUCUUGUUUUGUUUGCCGUUUUCAGCUGUCUUUUUGCUGUGGUAUCCUAGAGCUCCUGUCCUGCUUGCAAUUUGCUAGUGGUGUUAUCUUCCCAAAUUCUAACGCUCUUACCUCAAGGAAAAUCUGCAGGCAUGAAUGUCCUGGACAUUGCCUACCGCAGUGACUAGGAGCCUCAAAAUGCCUCUGGAGUGAAGACUAUGGGAAGGAGGAAUCUCUUACAGCUCCAGAGCUCUAAAAACUGGUGGCUAGUUUUUUUGUCAUUCUUGCUUCUGCUGGGAGAUACUGGUCUUGUUAAGAACUCUAUUAGCAGGAAGCCCAUAUGCUUGGCUGCAUUUGGAAUCCAGCAAAUCAGAUCCUUCUGCAGCAGAAAGGCACUUGUUACUGUGUUUGCAAUUAGUCAUCUCUAAGAUAAGAGCUUAUGGACUGUGCAGUGAUGAAUGUUGUAUCGCCCUACUAGUAGCAGCUGUUCUGACAAAGUCUUGGUCCAGAACCUAAACUGUGAGCUGCAACUGAGAUAGUCCAGCCCUACAGUCCUCCUUUGGUGAAUGUUCGCUAUGUUUUCUAAUGGCGCAGGAGUUGCUUUCUAGUGUCAGUUAUGUUGUGUCAGUAUGAGAAAACAAACCUAUUUUAUUAAAAUUAGUAGCGUUAUUCUAGCAGAACAGUCUGGGCAAGAAGCUCUGCAGAAGCAGGCAUUAUGUCAGGUUGUAAGUCAAUGAAUGGCAGCUGUUCUCGGAAUCUGAUAAAAGGGAACUUGGUCACAAAUUUGGACGAUUUUAAUACGUAUCUUGGCCAACAGAUGUUCUUAUUUGCUUAUAAAAAUGCUUAUUUAUGUGGGUAUUUGCCUACAUAAGGACUUGAUGCACCUCCUCGUGCGCACUUUUUAUAACUUGUAUUUAGGGAAACAGGGUUGUAAGAGGAAACUCUGCAGUGAGGCCUGAGUUCAUUCUUCUUACACACAUUAGCCUUGCUGAGUUGUUCCUUCACCCUCCCCUUUCACCAGCUAUUGACUUUACAUGUUUGUGGGUAUACAGAGGGUGGAACAGGGCAGUGCCGGACUAUGCUGUUCUGUCUGCACCUGAGCAAGCCGUGUGGGUAAAAGGCCCUGGAAAUGAUUCUGAGACCCCAGAUCUGAUUGUGGGUCUCCAGGGCGUCCUAAGGAAUUAAUAAUUGCUAGCACCUCGAUACACAAAGCCUCAGUGAGACACAACCUCUUGCUGGCCAGGCAAAGAUUUCAGCCUUAGCAUUUGUUAUGAGAUCUGUACUGUGAACUUUCCACACAUAACUACUUAGUAAAAAUCUUGGCUAGGGUCUAAGAUUCAAAUGCUCGAAUCACUGGUUGCUAGCAGUUCACAGAGAUGGGCUUUUAGAAUCUUUUUAACAAGUGCCUUCAGACUUACUGCCAUGAGAGCAGUGGCACUGGAACUGGAAAGCCUGAACUGAGCCUGCAGAGCGGUGCUGCUGCCUUCACCGCUGCGUGCGAGACGCAUUGAUGCCUGUGGUGCAUGUGGGAGACCAAAUAACCUGUGCUUGGCCAGAUGCUGAGUGUCUGUCCUGCACUGAUACUCGCCUUGUGCCGUGGCUGUUCUUUGAAUUUGUUCCCAGGCAUAAGGCAGCGUUGCAGCAUUUCUGGUUCCUGUUAUUUUCGAGCUGUGUAAAGUGAGGAAGCUGCUGUUUUUAGACAGGAAGACUGGAGGCUGUGCUACGUUUCCUCUAGUUCAACCUGAGUUUGAGUUAGUGUCAUGGUUAGGGGAGUUUUGGAGGACAGUCCACAUUGGCUGAAGUUAGUUCUGCUAGUAAAAUGAAAUAGCGUAUUGUUGUUUUUCUACUUGUUAAAAUUGCCAUCAGAAGAAGGCCUACUUGGAACCUCAUUGCUGCACUGCUGCCUCUGACCAGAGCCAUUUUUCUUGUGAAAGCAACCAAGAACUGAAACAGUGUUGACUGCUUUUUAUUUGGGGAUAAAACCAGUGGGAUAAACUCAGAGAGCAAGUCUGUGAAUCCAGAUACUGGACUAACAAAUGAGACCACAAAAACCUUAUGAAGAACAUACGGAAAGCAGAUGGAUGUGUUUGCUGUUUACCGCCUCGUUCCUCCAAGCGCGCAGGCUGCCCUUGCAGCUGGAUGCUGAGUAAGGAACUUCACUGUGCUCACAAAUCAGUUGUGCAUUUCUGAUGCUUCUAGCUUCGUACUUCAAGCAUUUCUGCUCAAAAAGCUUGUACUUGCCCUGCUACUCUGAUAAAGUCCUAGCUGGGUUUGGGCCACUUUUGUCUGAAACGGGUAAUUUGGUGUUGAUAAUGCACGUGUAGUCCAGAGAGAGGGCUUAUCCCUCACAGAAUCACAAACAUUGCAUGUCUAUUUAUUUAUUUAUUUUAUGUUUUAGCACCUUUUUCAAGUCUUGAAGCGCUUUGAUAGUAUAAGCUAUGCACCUGUAGCAGUUUCACCAGCCACCUGUGCAGCCAUUUCUGGGCCAGAGCAUGGCUGUGGAUCGAGGAACCAUUGCACUUGAAGAGAGAGGGAAAAAAAAACAUCUGGUUCCUAACAGUUCUCUAAUUUUGACCAAUGCAUAAGGGAAAUCUAGGAAUGCAAGAUACUGCUGCUUUAACUUCAGCAAGCAGCCUGCAGUGUCAUGGGGAUCUUUGAACAAACUAGCAACAAAAUAAUCCACUGAUGGGCUUUAAAGCAUGCUAUGAAGAGUUUAUGCUAGGACUAUUACACCUUUCUCUUAAAUGCAUUGGUGAUGCAAAAAAAAUUGUAAGACUGUACAUACGUGGCUAAAUGAGCAAGAUUAUUUGCAGCUAAAAUUUUGUUGUCUUUCUGUGGGCUGUAGAAGCAGUGUGUUCUCCGUGCAGGCUGUAUCCUCUCAUUUUAUUUGCUUUUUUCUCCUUGAGUUCAUUUUUUCAAAGCACUGCAAAUCUGCUUAACUCCCAUUCUGCUGCAUGCCAUGGCAAUGUCAUUGGUCCUAGAAAUUGACAGGUCUUCUUGAUUCCUGCCUUGCUGUAAGAGCAGCACUGCAGUGCUGAAGCAAAGUCGAGGGUUGUAGCUUUGUGUAUGGAUCAGCUUUCCGGUAUGGAAAAUGCAUCUUUGUUUUCUUGAGUUGUCCUGCAAGUUCUUGUGGGAGGAAAACACAUCAUCAGCGCAGUGAAACUUUACUUUGUGUUUUCAGUUUUGUGAGCAGUAAUUUAAACUCAGUGUUUCAUAUGACUGUACAAGGGAUUGCCAGGGGUCGAGUGCUUGGAAAGCUUUGGUUCUUUGUACUGCUAGCAGGACACAUAUCCUGGGAAUGGCUGCAGCUGCAUUGCCAGCAGUCUGGAGGCAGAAGGUGUGGUGCUGUGAAGGGAUGCAGGCGCGCAGAACCGUGCCUGGUGCAGCUGCUGUGGCGUCCUUCUAUUGCCAGAAGAAACUCUGUAAGUUCAAGUAGGCCACAAACCCAUUUCUUCUGUUUAGUUUUUCCUAGUCCUGGUGUAGAAUUAUUCCACAUCUGUUCAGUGAUACUUCUUAAAAAUGCCAGACUUUUUUUCAAAUGCAAACCACGUUGACUUCCCCCGUUCGCCAUCCUCCGGUAGCUCCCACCGCUGCAGCACAGCCACACAGUUCAGAGGGGCUGCAGCUGAGCCCCGCGUGGCUCCAGCAGCUCCAGCUGCGCCAGGCAGAGCGGUGGGUGCAGCACUCGGGCUGUGUUUUUGCCAAAGAAGUCUCAGCCCGAAGCCAAGGAAAAUUUUGGAAAGCUACAAGAAAAUAAUGUUCUGUUACGCAUGCCUUAGCUUUAUUUUUUCCUCUUUCUGAGAUUUGUCCAGGUGCUUAGGUGUCGUUGGACAUCCGCGCAGUCUUAAAGCAGGGAAAACUGAUGUUCAGAGAACAAUUUUCAACUUGUCAUAUACAAGCUGAGAAAAUACUUACAAGGAACAUAUGGUUCAUUGUGUGCUUUUUAUUUACCAGAAAUGAAUGGUGAUUAGUCACAUGUAUGCCACAUGUAUUUGAGAACUGGAUGCAAACUAGGCAAAAUAUAAACACUUUUUCUUAAUGGUGAGGCGGUUUCAAUUAGUCCUUUUCUUAAUAUCUCAAGGGAACUUUUCAUGUGUUUGUGUGAUUUAGUUUUAUCAGUCUAUAGCCCGGUGAAGUGCUAGUUUUAUUUAACAUUUUUGUGAGUGUUGUGAUCUGUAGUAACUGUAAUACUUUGACUUUUAGGGAUUGGUAAAGGCUUCAGAAUUCUAAGAACUUCAUUGUAAAAUAGCUAAGUCUUUUUAAAGCAUGCUUAUGGUUUUUAUGGACACUUCCUUUUGUAUUCUGAGUGAAUGUAUUGUUACAGGUUUAAUGUUUAAUGGACCAAUAAAGUUUUUCUUACAAAUGAA